AUGGGGAUUUGGGGCCUCGAAGGAGCAUGUUCCUUUAAGCAGGGCACCGAAGGGACCCCUGUCUGGGGUCUGAGUUACCAGAUCCAACAGUCCAGAGAGAUCCGAGAGGCCUUCCGGGUUCUGGACCGAGAUGGGAAUGGCUUCAUCUCCAAGCAGGAGCUGGGCAUGGCCAUGCGCUCUCUGGGGUACAUGCCGAGCGAGGUGGAGCUGGCCAUCAUCAUGCAGCGCCUGGACAUGGACGGGGACGGCCAGGUGGAUUUUGAUGAAUUCAUGACCAUUCUUGGCCCCAAACUGGUGUCUUCAGAAGGUCGCGAUGGUUUUCUUGGAAACACAAUAGACAGCAUAUUCUGGCAGUCCCGGGUGUUGGCUGUUAUUGCUGUGAUGUAG